CAAUGGUUCGCCUCUAAACGAUUCACAGUGACCACCUUUGAGAACGAGAUGAAAUGGUACAGUACCGAGGUAACUCAAGGGCAAGAAGACUACACAGUUGCUGAUGGCAUGCUAAAUUGGGCCAAAAGCCAAAGUUUGUCGGUUCGUGGGCACAAUGUCUUAUGGGACGACCCCAAGUACCAGGUUUCGUGGCUCAAUUCACUCUCAGGAAAACAUUUCUAUCAAGCCGUCGAUAAAAGGAUAAAAUCUAUCGUUAAAAGAUAUUCGGGCAAACUAAUUGCGUGGGAUGCUGUUAACGAGAACUUGCACUUCAAUUAUUUUGAGAGUAGGCUUGGGAAAAAGAUCAAUUUGUUCAAAAUGAUAAACUCAUAUGACCAUCAUACACCAUUGUUCUUGAACGAUUAUAAUACAAUUGAAGAGCCAAGUGAUAAGGCUAGCUCACCCGAUGCAUAUAUGAAAAAAAUUCAAAAAAUAAGGGACAACGGAUAUCAUGGCCCAUUAGGAAUUGGGCUUGAAUCCCAUUUCAAUACACCCAAUUUAGCUUACAUGAGAGCUUCCAUCGAUAAACUUGCAACCCUAAGUCUCCCCAUUUGGCUCACAGAAAUUGAUGUUGGUUCUUCUCCUGAUCAGGCAAAUUUAUUGGAUCAAGUGUUGAGAGAAGGACAUGGGCAUCCUGCAGUUGAAGGACUAGUAAUAUGGGCAGGAUGGAAACCAACAGGAUGCUAUAGAAUGUGUUUGACUGAUAAUAAUUUCAAUAAUCUUCCAACAGGAGAUGUCGCAGAUAGAUUUUUGAGAGAGUUUAUACACACCGAUGACCAUCUCGGCGUGACCGACGAUAUGGGUUAUUUUGAGGCAAGACUUUUUCAUGGAGAAUACUCAAUGAGAGUCAAUAAUACAACUUUAGAAUGUUACAUGAACCUCAAUGAAACUAAGGAGUUUGGUUUUAACGUAACAAAUCAUUCGGAGAAACCUCGACACCAAGUUCAACUUAUUACAGUUUGA